AUGGAUGUAGUAGGUGAAAAAGAGGCCCUGCAACAGUUCUUUGAAGGGCAAGAUGUGCACAGAGUGUUGGAGAAUGGAUUCGUGGAUACGCAUAUGUUGGAAGAAUUUCUCGAGAAUGACUUUGAAUUGUUUGGAAGCCUGCAAAACAAGCUACCAGAUUCUCCACCAGAUUCAGGAUCGGAGCCUUGUUCACCUCCGCAAUCCAAAGGACCUGCCACUAACUUUCCUUGCAACUUUUUGGAGACGUCUGCCAAGAUGAAUUCUGUUGGGCAAGCUUACGGCACACCACAAGACUGCGCUCUGAAGUCUGAUGAUAUUGUUCCUCCUUGCAGCAGCUCUGCAUCUUCCAGUAGUCUUGGUUUAAAUUGUCCCUCACCAAGAACCUCUCCCAGUGCUAACCUUCCCUUGAUAUCGAAAAAGAGAAAGCAUCCUGACUUGCUGGAAGACCAACUAGAAUUUCUAUCAUGGCCUAGCAAUAUGGGACCAAUGACUGUUAAGGAUCCUUCUUUGGAGCUGCCAGGAUAUGACAGUGAUGGACAGAAAGCAGGGUCUCUGGGAGGAUGCUGUCAGUCGCUUGCAUGGCAACCAUAUUGCAUGUCUUCUUGGAAUAGCUUGUUCAACCAUAAUUAUGAAAAACUGCCAGAUCUGGGAUAUCACAUCGUUACAAACAAAGGAUUUAAUUUUUCAGCAGUGGAUUAUGCUUUCAUCUGUCAGAAGAAGAACCACUUCCAGAUCACAGUCUACAUUCGAGUGGUUGGAAGUCCCAAAUUUGUCAAAACUGAUCUGGGUCUAAAACCAGUGGAGACAUUUUACUUGAAGACUUUUGGUAUUAAGAUGGAAGCUCCCAAUCAAGUUAUUGUGAUCGAACAAUCUCAGCCCAACCGAAGCAAAAAACCUUUCUAUCCUGUUAAAGUUGAUCUUCCAGGAGACCAGGUAACCAAAGUAACCAUGGCAAGAUUGCACUUCGGUGAAACAACUGCAAAUAAUAUGCGGAAAAAGGGGAAACCUAACCCUGAUCAGAGAUACUUCUUGCUAGUGGCUGGAUUAUACGCCUUCAGUCAAGACCAGUCUUAUCUGGUGGCUGCUCAUGUCUCGGAAAAGAUAAUUGUCAGGGCCUCUAACCCUGGACAGUUUGAGACCGACAGUGAUACUCUUUGGCAACAAGGACACACUCCUGGAACCAUCACUUGUCAUGGUCAAGUCGGAAUCAAUACGGACACACCAGAUGAAGCCCUGGUUGUCUGUGGAAACAUGAAAGUUAUGGGGACAGUCAUGCAUCCAUCUGAUAGACGAGCCAAACAAAAUAUCCAAGAGGCUGAUACGCAUGAGCAGCUGAGAAGAAUAGCGCAGAUGAGGCUGGUGGAAUAUGACUACAAGCCUGAAUUUGCAUCUGUUAUGGGAAUUACACAGCUCCACGAAACAGGAGUAAUUGCUCAGGAAGUUCAGGAACUUCUGCCAAGAGCAGUAAGAGUUACUGGAGACUUGACAUAUGAAAAUGGAGAAAAAGUUGAUAAUUUCCUCAUGGUUGAUAAGGAUCAAAUUUUUAUGGAGAAUGUGGGUGCUGUCAAGCAGCUGUGUAAAUUAACAAACAAUCUGGAAGUCAGGAUACAAGAACUGGAAUCAUGGAAUCAGAAACUUGCCAGACUGAAACGAAUCAGCAGCAUUAAUUCAGCAACAACCGAAAAGAACCCAACAAGGAAAUACAGCCACGCUACUUCUUGUUUAGCAGCAAGGAAGCCAGUUUCCAUAAAACCCAGCAAGGUGUGUCCUUCAGGAAAAAACCAGCCAUGGACCAGCUCCAGGAUUUUCAAGAUAACUGUAAUUGCUUUGGUUGCUGUUAUGGCACUGUGUGUUGUGACAAUAGCCACCCUUUAUGUACUUAGCAUACUGGAAGAAGACAUUGUUCCUUCUCAACAUAGCAAUUCUACAAGUCUGGCAACACUCCCUCCAUCCACCACUCUGCCAGUGACCAAAUACAAUACAGUGUCUUCAAACCCCAUACCGACUGGCACUGCUCCUGAAGUGAGUUUCUGUGGCAUUUUACCUUGUCAUGAAACUUACUGCUGUCCAAUUCAACAGAUGGGAGAAAAAACUCGAAGUUAUCUGCAGAUGACAACAAAGGAGGAGAGAAACGAAAAGGAAGCACUACCAGAACAAAACUGGAUUGAAAAGCCUGACCUUGGAAAUGACUGGGUUGACACAAGAAUCAGCUCCAUGCAGAUCCUGGAAACACAGCAAAAACUGGACCGUCGCUUUUGCAACAAAAACUUAGAGUGUGGGUCUGGGAAGUAUAGUUACAUUGUUCCCCUUAACAAACAUACACCUCUAGAUGUAAAGAUCUCACUGGAAAUCAAUACAACAGAACCACUAAUAAUAUUUCAAUGCAAAACCACAUAUGGAAAUCCUUGCUCUCAUCAUCCACAAGCCCGAAAAAGGAGAGAAUCCUUUCAAGUAACCACACAGGGAUUCCAGCAUAUCUGGGUUCUUUCUAUAGCAUCCAUGUUUGACAGUGCAUACCAUUUUCGUGUUGCUGUUCCAGAUCUUGCAGAUUGUUCAAUGGAUCCUAACUAUGCUGGGCUCUUUUUCACUGAUUAUUACUUCUAUUUCUAUCGCAAUUGCAUCUGAAAAGACAACUAUAAUGAUUUCUGGAAAAUGGAGACCAUAAUGACACUACCUUUG